AACUUCCACUCGGAAAAAGGCAUGGCUCAGCAGCGCCGGACCCACACGAACACAGGAGACACGGGAUCUCGCUCACCCACUGGAGCCUGGGCUGCAGGAGCUGGGCCUCCGCUAGGGGCGGUGCAGCGGGGGCGGCGUAGCAGGGGGCGGGGAGUCUGCGCAUGCACGGCGUCGCCAGCGUCGCCAGCGUCGCGAGUCCCGGUCUGGCGUCUGCUCGUGCUUAUUAGGCCAAGGCCCGAACCAAAAUCACUAACGGAGCAAAAGAAUCCGUCCUGUCAGGCCCCUAACAAAACAGCCUGGCAACAGCCGCUCGCUAUUCCUGGGCCUGUGUCUAGGUCCUUUGUGAUGCGCGCGAGAGAAGGGCCAGCAGUAGGACCGGAGACAGGAGGGGCUGGCCCGAAAGGGGACUCAGAUUGUUUGGAAUGUUCUUGGGGGGAAAGGGAUACCGUGUCUCAGAACACAAAGCCCAGAGCUCUGGCGGCGGGAGGAGCGGCAGUGGCCGCGCAGCGUAGUUCCGCAAGGCUCCCGUGCGUCGCAGCUCCAGCUUCCGCACGCACACCCCGCGACGCCAAGAUGCCCAAGAGGAAGGCCAGCUCCCCCGAAGGGGCGGCGAAGGAGGAGCCCAAGAGGAGAUCGGCGAGGUUGUCGGCUAAACCUGCUCCUGCAAAAGUGGAAACGAAGCCAAAAACGGGAAAGAAUAAAUCUUCCGACAAAAAAGGGCAAGCCAAAGGGAAAAGGGGAGCAAAAGGAAAACAGGCUGAAGUGCCUAAUCAAGAACCUAAGGAAGAUUUACCCACGGAAAACGGAGAAACUAAAAACGGGGAGAGCCCAGCCUCCAAAGAAACGGAAGCAAAAGAAGCCAAGUCUGACUGAGCACACCGCGUCUUACCAGUGCUCCCUGUCUCCCUUCUCGUACAAUCCAGAGGAAUAUUUUUGUCAGCUAUUUUGUAAACGCAAGUUUUUUAGCAGCUCUAGAAACAUUUUUAAAAAGGAGGGAAUCCCACCUCAUCGCAUUUUUUAAGUGUAAAUGAUUUUUUUUUUAGACGUGAAAUCAUUUGCUGGUUGUUUAUUUUUUGGUACAACCAGAAAAUAGUGGGAUAUUGAAUUAUGGCAGGCUUUGACUGUCCUGGGUGUCAGCUUAACAUUCCACAGGUGGGGAUUAGUUUUAUAUCCUGUAAUAUAAAGCAUACUAAAUGGUAAUUUGGAGUCACAGUCGUGCAUUUAAUAUGUCUUGGAUUUUUGGGGGGUUUUUUGGUACCGAGGAUCGAACUCGGGUCCUUGCACUUGCAAAGCAGGCGGUGAAACCACUGAGCUAAAUCCCCGACCCCUGCCUUGGAUAUUCUAAAUGACUUCUAUUCCCAUGUUUUUAGUAGAAUUGUUUCCUAAAGAAAACUACUUCCUGAUCGUUGCCCUGUCAGAAUUGUGUGUGCUCUGUAACAUCUUUUUUGGUCAUGCUAGUCCAGUUUGCCUAAUUUUGCUAAUGUCCUGUGAAAGAUCGAAAAUUUGUGUAUGUAGUGUAUAUGAUAAGAAAUUGUGAAUUGAUGAGACUUAAGUAACACUUCAUCAGCAUUCGAAGAUACUGGUACUUAAUCCUUUGAUGGAAAAUUUGCCUCCAAAUUUGAAGCUGGAAAGUCACUGGAAUAACUGAAAAAGAAACAAUACAUAGUUUUUUAGAUUUUCGGUACAUGUGUUAAAAAUUGUGUACAAAGUGAAGUGUCUGUACUGAUCCUCAACACAACCAAUAAAAUCUCAAAUGUGGAAAAAAAAAAAAAAA